CAUUAAGUGUACAUCGGCUACAACAUUCCUGAAUUCAUUACUUGAAUACUCCCAGAAUUAUCUACCUUGUUAAAUGUCGAAAAAUUUUAAGUAGCCAAGAUAAUUGGUGGAUUCUUCGACUUGGUUCUCUUUCUUCAAAUACUUUCCACUAAAUUCUAAGAUAAGCCCUAUUGUGAAAGAGCGAUGAUUUCCUUUUUAUCCUUUGCUUCAGUUAUUCUUGAUGCAUUUUCGAUAUGUCAAUGUAAAUAAUAUUAAUAUCUACACAUUAUUCUUUUCAUAAAAUUUUCUGGGCCUACCCUGUAUACAAAAUUGUAGAAAAUUCUCCUGAAAAUUCUCUCCGUUCAAGCUUCUAUGAUUACAAUGAGAAAAGAUGAUUCAAAAGAAAAUUCGUUUCCAUACAAACCACUUCCUUCAAAAGUGACAUUGUCAAAGUAACAUUUUGUGCUUUGUCAUAAUUUUUGAAUUUAUACAAAGUUUUACAUAAAAAAAGGUGGUAUGGAUAGUAAAUAUGCUGAAUAUGAUGCCAAGCAUGGCCCUCUGUUUCAAAAACUCAAACAUAAAGACCGUUUGAAUUUCGAAGAUACAUCGCUGGUAAUGGAUAAAUGGACAACGCAAUUGUGCAACAAAGAAGUUGAAGCUAUGCCAAUAAUUUUAGAGAAAGAUGAACAAGAUUGCAUUGCAUCUGAAGGAGCUUCAGCAGCCAAGGAAUCUAGCAGCAUUCCAGAAUUACUGACAACGUUGCUGACAAAUAUUGAUCAAAGUCAGUCAACAAAUGUCAACAAAAAUCAGGCAUUGGUAAAUAACAAUCAGGGCUCUUCAAAUGAUGGUUUCUCCUCUAUUUUCACCAACAUUUCAUCCCCAAAUAAUUUAUCUGAACAUGGUUUCGAAACCAUGUUCAGCAAUGACUUCUUCUCUAAGAAAUUUCCCAAAAAGAAUACAGUUUCUCCUCCUUUGGAGUCCAGUUCUGAUGAAGAAAUGGACCAGUCCUUCAAGUUCAGAAUGUCCUUGACUAAAAAGAGGAAACAUCCUCAUCUUCUUCAGUCUUCUAAGACUAGCAUUGAAGGUUCAUCCAAAGGCACUUCAGUUAAACCAUCUUUCAAAUCUCAAACUGAAAAAGUUGGUACUUCAAUAGAGAAUUCACAACCUUCUGAAUGUGAAAUAUUUUUGGUUGAGAAUAAGAAGGACUUUUCCGAAUCAACUGUUUCUUUUGAACAAAUUUCCAAUUUUAAACGAAUUGCUCGUCCUUUAAAUUUGAGAUACUCUUCUGAGGAAAUUGAAGACGAUUCUGUCAAAAUGCUGUGUCACGCAACAAGUUGCAUGAAUAUUUCUAUCCAACAGGAAGUUGAAACUUCCGAGGUAGGUACAAUUUCGAAAGGGUUUUCUGGUUCAGACUUGAAAAGUACUAUUUCAAGAAGAGACCAUAAGAUUGAUUCUCGUACUCUGAGAUCUAAAUCACAAUUUCCAUCAUGUUCUUCUGAACAAGUCUUUUCACCAGCUCAACCAACAACUUCUCAAAGUCAUAGAGCUAAAAUGCAACUGAAAGCUCAGACUUCAAGCCCAUCAAUGCAACCAAUUGAGAAUGUAUUUCUGAAAUCUAAACCUAAAAGGAAAUCAGAGGAAGCUAGAUCAUCGUCCAAGUCUUGGCGAUUCAUGAACUCGAUUUCAGCAGUGCAAGAUGAAGAACAGAACCCAUCAUCGUCUGAAGAAUAUGAAGAUUGAAAAUGUGUUUGCUAAUUUUUGAAAGAAAUAUUUAAAAUUUGAUGUGAUGUUUAUAUUUAUUUGGUAUAUAUAUCCCGA